AUGCUCGGUAUCCGUACCGCACUCAAGCCCGACUUGGAGUGUUCCGCUGCCGAACUUGUCUACGGUACUGCCCUACGGAUUCCAGGUGAUUUUUUUCGGGUACUCUCAAAGCUCAACCGACUUGGAUCCCAGCGAUUAUGUGCAAACAUUGCGCCAAGCCAUGACUCAUCUUCGAGCCACUCCUCCACGUCCUUCAACAAGUAAGUCGUACGUCGACCCGAACUUACUAACAUGUUCUUUUGUAUUUGUCCGCGUAGAUAGCGUUCGCCGGCCACUACAACAGCCCUAUGACGGCCCAUUUCGAGUACUAUCGCGCAAGGGCAAGCACUUUACAAUUGACCGUGGAGGCCGCACCGACGUGGUCUCAAUCGAUCACUUGAAGGCGGCUUAUACCGAGCCUCUUCCAACUUCUCCAACCGAACAACCUCCACUUGGCACAUUGCCACUUACUAUUUCGCAGACUCCAUUUACGCCCAAUAACCCCGCGUCUUCCCUUAUCCCACAGACUCCUCCCAUUACGCGCAGCGGUCGUCAUGUCCGUUUUCCCGACCUUUACCAACUUGUACAAUAUGCAUAACGCUCCCACAUUUUCCUUCUAUUAACAAUAAUUUUUUUGAACUCCGUUCUCCUAGUAGGGGGAGUAUUGUAGUGACAUUUAAAUCUGUUUUGUUUUAAUCAGUUACAAUACGCUUUGACACAACUUUGAAUAAGACAAAGAACACGCACGUGCACGUUUACCUGCUGACGACUUUGUCCUUAUUUACUAGUUUGUAACUGUUGGGAUACUGCUAUUUUCGUUUCCUGGAUAGCCUACUUGCUGUGCCCAACUAGUGGGUUUGUCUCUUACACUUGCAUGCUUUCCUGGCGACAAGGUGAACCGCGUAGGACUGUGGAAAAUCAUGCAGAAAUUCAACUGUUUCAAACGAUUCACUCCGAUUGUGCAUCAGCUCCACGAUGGAAUAAUGGCGCGACUCAUGGACAAUUGAGCUGUCUCAGAGGCAUUCGCAGUGACCAACGGAGUGAAGCAGAGCUGCGUCCUGGCACACACCCUCUUCAGUCUAAUUUCCUCUGCCAUGAUGAUGGACGCCUUCCGGGACGAACGCCCCGGGAUCCGCAUCGCCUACAGGACGGAUGGUCAUUUACUCAACCACAGGCGGAUGCACUUCCAGUCACGGGUUUCCAUAAUCACCGCCCACGGACUUCUCUUCGUCGACGACUGCGACCCAACACUGUUUCGGAAGGGGACAUGCAAAGGAGCAUGGACCCAGUCUAUGCCGCCUGCGAAAACUUUGGUCUGUUAGUUAACAUGGAGAAGAUGGUGGUCACGCAACAACCGCCACUCAACACAACCAACAAUGCGCCGCAAAUGAGCGGGAAAGGAAUCUAACCGCAAAUCAGAAGAUGAAGAUGCGAUCACUGGGACAAGAAGUUUAUUUGCCUGACGUUUCGGAUUCUCACUCGAACCCAUCAUCAGAGACAUUCGCAGAUAGAGGUGAAGGUGGCACCAGGAGUGCAGUAUUUAUAGCACGUGGGUGCCGUGGGACCGUAUGCGCACUGCAAUUAACAGUUCUCACAAUCGCCGCUGGGGUCGUAAUUGAUGCGGCGGUGGCUUGGCGGUCCGAGUCCGAGUUGGUAAUUGCCGCGAUUUCGUCAUCCGUGCUCGAUGCUGGUGUGACGAUUGCUCGGCAAACUGGCUCACUGUCACCGUGAUAAUUGCUCACCCGCGCCCUCCCCACGUGACUGAUUCUCCUGCCCAGGGAAAAUCGCAAUACGGAAUAGGCCACCGGGAGGUCAUUGUGUUUGUUGAUGGAUUGCGGGCCUGAGAACCAUGACUCGAGCAGCUCGCGGCUCACGCGGUUGUCACCCCUUACGAGGAUUUCGGCCUCUUGAAAUUUGAAAUUAUGACCGGGUCCCGUCGAGUGUGCCGCCACCUGAGAGUUAACGUCUCCCCGCCUCACUGCUGCUGCGUGCUCGGCAAGUCGCGUACGGAGUAAUCUCCCAGUUUCUCCGACAUAAUUGCUUUCUCCGCAACUACACCAGAUCCGAUAAACGACUCCAGACGUUUCCUGCCGUGGCAGCGGGUCUUUUGGCCUCAUUACUUGGCGCCUAAUGGUUGCUUCCGGCCUGUGUGCAACCCCAACUCCAAGUGGAGUGAGAAGACGACUGACGGCUUCCGAGACGUUCUUCACGUACGGAAGAGCCCGCCAAAAUUUGGGGCUAGUUGGAUUUGGUCUCUGGUGUCCUUUUCGUAUGCACUGGUUGACAAAGUUGCGCGGGUAGCCAUUGGCUCUCAUUACCCGUCGAAGAUAUUGUAAUUCAGCAACCUUGUCUUCCAUUUCACUGCAGUGCGUCUCAACACGCCGGUAUAGCGCCCUUACGCAACUGCGUUUGUGACUGAUCGGGUGGUUGCUAUUGAAGUUCAGUAUUUGCAUCGUAUUUGUCGCUUUCCUGAACACUUUGGUUUUUAGGCCACCACAAUCUUUGCGACAGACGAGGACAUCCAGGAAGGCCAGCUGAUUGUUUUCCUCCUCGUCCAUCGUAAAUUGAAUGUCCGGGAAGACGGCGUUGAGUUGUUCUUUGAAAGUCAGCACCUGAUCCCGUUCGAUGACGACAAAGGUGUCAUCCACAUACCGAGCCCAGAAUUUCGGUCUGUGGUGUCGGAAAAACCAGCGACUCCAGCCGUUGAAGGACCGCCUCGGCUAUGA